GAAGAAGGGACUCGUCUGGGGACAGACAAUCCAUCGCCCCUUGGUCUCGACAUCCUCAGAAUAGUGACAGUCUGCACGGUACAGUAUGACCAUCCAUAUACAGCAGUUUGACAACUCCCUCUUCAAGGGCUCAGUCUCUGUGAACACCAACCUGUUCAUCGAUGGCGAGUUCGUCGACCCUCUGGAACGACAUAACGUAGAAGUCACCGAUCCAACCACCGGCAAGGUCAUCACCACCAUAGCCGCGGGUGGCAAGAAGGAUAUCGACAGAGCUGUCGAGGCUGCCCAAAAGGCGUCCAGAACAACCUGGGGCAAGAACGUUUCCGGGGCACAUCGCUCGCAUCUUCUCUUCAAACUUGCCGAGCUCAUGGAGCAACAUUGCGAUGAGCUAGCAGCACUGGAGGCGCUGGACAGUGGCAAGCAUUACAUUUACGUGAAGGCAAUAGACUUUGCGAGUGCCAUCGGCAACCUGAAGUACUAUGCUGGCUGGGCCGAUAAGCUGAGCGGUAAGACGAUCGAGACUGAACCCGACAAAUUUGUGUAUACAAUUCGCGAGCCGAUCGGUGUGGUGGGGGCGAUCACUCCCUGGAACUUCCCUAUGACGAUUGCUUGUUGGAAACUCGCUCCGGCGCUUGCGACCGGAAACUGCGUCGUCCUCAAGCCGUCAGAAGUGACGCCUCUUGGGAUGCUCAAAUUCGCUGAGCUUAUCCGAGAAGCUGGCUUUCCUCCUGGUGUGGUGAACAUUGUCCCCGGUCUUGGCUCUGUCGCUGGUCAGGCCCUCGUAGAACAUCCCGGCGUUGGCAAGAUCGCCUUCACCGGGUCGACUCUCACGGGUCGCAAGAUCAUGCAAUCGUCGGGGAACAGUAACCUGAAGCGUGUCGGGCUUGAGCUUGGUGGCAAAUCACCUAAUAUUAUCUUCGACGAUGCCGAUAUUGAACAGGCCGUCAAAUGGACUGCCCUUGGCCUCUUCCACCAUGCGGGGCAGAUAUGCGCGGCUGGGACCAAAAUCUAUAUUCAAGAGGGAGUUUAUGACAAGGUCAUGGAGCAACUUGUCGCGGCCGCGAAGGCCUCUGCCAAUCCUGGCACCGGGUUUGACCUUACCCCGCAGCUUGACCCUGUCGUCUCGCAGACGCAGCUCGAUCGUGUCCUCGGUUAUAUCAGCUCUGGCAAGGACCAAGGAGCCAAAGUCGCCGUGGGCGGCGGCCGGCUGGGCAAGGAAGGCUAUUUCAUCGAGCCGACACUGUUCACGGACGUCAAGCCAGACAUGAAGAUUGUCAAGGAGGAGAUCUUUGGGCCGGUUGGCGUUGUGAUCAAGUUCAAGACCGAAGAGGAAGUACUGCAGGCGGCGAAUGACUCCACGUACGGCUUGUCGGCGUGUAUCUACACCAAGGACUUAGACCGAGUGGCGCGCUUUACUUCUGCUCUUGAGUCAGGAAGCGUUCACGUCAACAUGGCCUCUAUGUCUGACCGCCGGGCGCCGACGGGUGGAUUUAAGCAAUCCGGCUUUGGCAAGGACCAGGGCGAGUACGCUCUCGAGGACUACACUAACAUCAAAGCUGUUACGAUCAACCACGGCCAGAGGCUGUAGAUGGGCCUUCGUUGAACUCGGCCACGUUGUAUUAUAUGUUAUCCGUUGGCUUUACCUGCUUCGCAAAGGUUGCAUAACAGGUAUAUUAUAUAAUAACCGCGUAUGCGCAUCUGCAUCCAAAGAAAUUCCAGCAAUAACGUGGCUAUAGAUGAUCCUGGAUUCCAUAUCGCCGCGUUCAUGUGCCUCGGAGUGCUUUGAUUAUUAAUAUAGAUUAAAUUCAAGUAGAGGCAUAA